AGCGCAGUGGUCGAUCGCUUGGCAACAACAGUUUGGCGGAUAAGGCUAAGAAGGAAAAAAUCGUGCGUCUCGCUGGAAACAAUGUUUGAUGUGUAGCUGGUGCGGACUCACGCUGCAGGCAACAGUUGAGAAAAUCUAUAAGGUCCUUACCGUCGAUGGCAAGGGUGUUAGGAAGUACGAGUGGAAUAAUAAAGAGGUAAAUAUGAUACUAUUGUUAUCGCUUUUGAGCGAUGAAAAAGAGCUUUGCUCGAUAACCCAGCUCGUUGAGGAGGGAGUAACGCCCCAAUAUUCCUUUGAAAUAACAUUUUUUUCCUGAUUCCUUCUUCAUCAUCUACGGCCUUCAUUUACCAUGCUGACCAUCAUUCCAC